AUGUCUCAGUCGAACUCUGCUAAUCAUGGACGCCGGUUCAAAGACGGCACAUACCUUAAAAAGGUAAACCCCUUCAAUCCCAAAGUUACUAAAGUGUUAGUAACACCCAAAGAGAUUAUACAUCAGGGUAACCAGCCCCAAAACGGCAACCUCGAUCCUAAAGUUACUAAGGUGUUAGUAACACCCAAAGAGGUUAUACAUCAGGGUAACCAGCCCCAAAACGGCAACCUCAAUCCCAAAGUUACUAAAGUGUUAGUAACACCCAAAGAGGUUAUACAUCAGGGUAACCAGCCCCAAAACGGCAACCUCGAUCCUAAAGUUACUAAGGUGUUAGUAACACCCAAAGUGGUUAUACAUCAGGGUAACCAGCCCCAAAGCGGCAACUUCAAUCCCAAAGUUACUAAAGUGUUAGUAACACCCAAAGAGGUUAUACAUCAGGGUAACCAGCCCCAAAACGGCAACCUCGAUCCUAAAGUUACUAAGGUAUUAGUAACACCCAAAGAGGUUAUACAUCAGGUACUCGCAGUGGAUCGCUGCGCAAACAGAGUACGAGGUCGAGUUUUGAGACGCUCCAUAGAGGGCGAUCUCCACCAAGCUACGACCGAGGUGCGAGUUUACGGCGAAGACAAGCAGCAAGCAGUACACAGUGGCUGGACAAUUGGUUGA